AUGGCAUUCUACACAGACAAUGAUCCAGUCAUUUGCCGAGCUUUUUCGUUAUCCCUGAAAGAUGAGGCAUUGGAGUGGUAUCACACCCUCGAUCAAAAUUCAGUGGAUUGCUUCGCUACCGUAGGAACUCUUUUUCGAAAACAGUAUGCUACCAACAGAAGACCGGAGAUGACUCCAGCUGAGCUCGUAAAAACUAAACAGGAGAAAGAUGAAACCUUGAAAGCUUUCAUGCAGAGAUACAAUGAGACUGCCAGAUGCGUAAAAGACGUGAAUCACACGUUUAUAAUAAACAAUCUACCUUCGUGUUUAAGGCCAGGGUAUUUCCCUGAACAGUUGUAUGCAGAUCCUCCAAAGUCUAUGGAAGAACUCCAGGCAACGAUUGCGAAAUUCAUACGCAUUGAGGACCUCAGAAACUCCAGAAAAAGGCAACAACUAGAAAGUCCUAACAAUGGUACCAAGAAAGAUACGAAGCGGUCGUCCAAUGACUAUAAAGCUGACAAACCUCCUCGAAAGGAAGCAAAGGUACUCGAAGAGGCGCUGCACGCAGAACUCCUCACCGUUCGGCGGAAGGCCACUCCAAAGAAUGCUGAUGGAAGUAAGGCAUGUCGUCUUAAUCUAAACCUUGGCCAUGACACCGAAGAGUGUAACAUAGUAAAAGAUGAGAUAGAAAGACUCAUCCGUGCAGGGUAUCUCCAAAAAUACAUAAAGGAGAGAACAUCCACCAGAGCAGCAACCCCCAGCAGGAAGGAAACCUCGCGGAGAAGUCCCGAACGAUCGCCUCACAGGGACGACCGACGAAGACGACGAUCCCGGAGCCAACCCCGACACCCAGAAAGAGAGAGGUCGGUCCAAGGACGAAUCGACACCAUAUCCGGAGGCUUUGCAGGAGGAGGAGCAUCAGCCUCCGCUCGGAAAAGACACUUGAGAAAUUUAAAAGCGGUGCACAUGGUAGAUCGACACGCUGUUGACCCUGAUCACGAUGACCCCAUGGUCAUCACCGCCGAGAUAGCCCGUUACGAUGUCAAGAAAGUACUCAUCGAUCAAGGCAGCUCAGUCAAUAUCUUGUAUUGGACCACAUUCCUAAAAAUGGAUUUAUCCGAAGACUUGAUAGCCCCUUUCAACGAGCAGAUAGUAGGCUUUGUAGGGGAAAGAGUUGACACUCGGGGAUACCUCGACCUAAGAACUCGACUCGGAACAGGCAGGGAGGCAAGAGAGCUAAGAGUCAGGUUCUUACUAGUAGAGGCAAAUACUUCAUAUAAUGCCUUAGUAGGACGACCCUGCUUGAACGCUUUCGGAGGCAUCGUAUCCACCCGUCAUCUAGCUAUGAAGUUACCAACAGAGAGAGGCACCGUGUGUACGGUAAGGGCCGAUCAGCGAACGACUCGACAAUGUUACGUUGCCGGUUUAAAGGUCACACCUUUCAUGCCACCAAGAAGAGCCAGAGGAGCCGAAACAGCUGCGAUUGACUUGGAUCCCAGAACCAAUAUAGACGACCAUCUCCAUCCACAAGGUGACCUCAAAACAUUCCAGUUGGGAGCAGACGCAUCGAAAACCACGACCAUCGGUGGAAGCUUGGAGCCGCACGAUGAACAUGAUUUGACAAAGAUACUAAAAUCCAAUGCCGACCUAUUUGCGUGGGUGGCCACAGAUAUGAUGGGGAUCCAUCCGGGAGUAAUGACACAUAAGCUGUCAAUCUUCAAGGAAGCAUGUCCAAUUGCUCAAAGAAACGGCUAUUCGGGGAAGAAAAAUGAGAGGCCAUACAAACAAAAGUCAACAAACUGA